AUGCUUACUUAAAGAAGAUUAGAAUCUUAAUUUGAUUUGGAGAAUUUAUGCUUAACUCCUUCUAACAUCAACGCUAAACAUAGAAAGUCUCACAUCAUUUUAAAUAACAUGAAAGAAAAUAUUCCUCCGUUGAAUACUAUUAAGAAUAAUAAAAAUGGAUUGAUAUCUUAUUCUUAUUCUUAAAAAAUUAUGCUGUAAACAAAGCCCAAACUGAAUAGUAAAUUAGUAAAAUCUCCUAACAUCAACAAUAAUUAUAGAAUUCUUUCCCUCCCUUUAAAUGAAGGCAAAGAAAGUGAAAUUAUGAAUCGUCCACUUCCUUCAUAUAAGGAUAGAUAUUUAUCUGAAUUAUAAGGUAAAUCAAACUAAAGAGACGAUGCACCAACUCUUUAAAUAACAAAUAAUUCUCCUUCUAACUAAUAACAAAAUCUAGCUCCUGUAUCACCUAUUUUCUACAAAUCCUAAAUGAAGGAAACAAACUUUGUUUCUCCUGUUUCAAGAUAAUAGUUAAAUGAUAGGUCUCCCUUCAUUUUGAAAACUCCUUAAAAUAGCCUAAAGCCAACUCAAAACAAUUAUUUUGAAUUAAUUAAUUAAAAGACCACAAACGGAUUUUAAUAAUAAAAGUUUACUAUUAAAAAUAAAAGUAAGUAUAACAAUUUUUUAAUGCCUUCCAAUAAUAAUGAAGUGACUAUAAAGGUACCCUCAUGUCCUGUCCUUAUUGAUGAAGCAGAAAUUGACUACUCUCCUUAGAUGAAGACCUAUACACCAAAUAAUAAGAGAAUUACCUGCUAAAGAUCAAGACUAAUAUUUAAGAAAUAUAUGGAUAAUAGUGGAGAAAUUUCCUAAAAUUCUCCUGAUUUAUUAACGGCUAAUUUAAAGAAAUAAAAUUUAUAAAUAGCAACAUUAAACACUUCAGCUGAAAAGCAAUUAUAACAAAUAAACAAUAGUGUUGAAAAAUCAUAAGACUUCUCUCAUUUAAAAAAGUACUACGGAUAAAAAUAUGAACCAAAAUUACAAGUAAAAUAAUAAUUAUAACAGUAGUAAUCUAAUAGAUAACCUAGUCUUAAAUCUAAAAAAUUGUAAAUGAUACUAAGCUAAAGAAAUAACAUCUAAGCUAUUAAUAAUUAAACAACAAAUGCAUAUUUUGGUGAUUAUGAAAUGAAGCCUUGGGAUUAAAAGAGCGAAACAUUUUUAACAGAAGAAGCAGAUACUUCUUUAAUUGAUAUUUUGAAUCAAUUAUCUAAGUGA